UAAUCUGUCAUGAAAAUUUCUUACCAUAUCUACAUAGAUGUAUGCGGGUACAUUACUAAUGCUUAUAAUAUAAUAUAAUAAAUAAAUAAAAAUAAAUAUGCUCUAAAUUGUCCUGUCUCUGCUUCUUGUUCUGCUGCUGCUGGUGUUGUUGCUGCUUCUUCUUCUUCUUCUCUCUCUGCGCUGAAAGCUUAUUUGUUAUUUGUGUUGGUGCUUGGCCACUGUCUCUUCCUUUUGUCUUCUUUACUCCGCUUUGACCAACACAACAUGCUAGUGGCACUGGUGUUGCUGCUGGCAUUGAGCAAUGAAGUAAGAGUUAAUGGUUAUGGUGGUUCUGAGCAAUGUGAAUAUAGUCCAGAACUAGCUCCAAGACCACACAGUGUGUCUAUUUUGGAGUUUGGUGCUGUUGGGGAUGGAAAGACACUGAAUACCAUUGCAUUCCAGAAUGCAAUAUUCUAUCUCAAGUCAUUCGCCGAUAAGGGCGGCGCUCAGCUUUAUGUGCCGCCUGGACAAUGGCUCACCGGAAGCUUCAACCUCACUAGCCAUCUUACCCUCUUUCUAGAAAGAGGUGCUGUCAUUAUUGGAUCUCAGGAUCCAUUUCAUUGGGAAGUUAUUGAUCCUUUACCUUCUUAUGGACGAGGAAUCGAAGCUCCCGGUGGAAGAUACCUUAGCUUGAUAAAUGGAUACAUGUUAAAUGAUGUGGUCAUUACAGGCAACAAUGGGACCAUAGAUGGUGUUGGAUCGAUUUGGUGGCGAUCCUUUACUUCUCAUUCCCUGAACUAUAGUCGACCUCAUCUAAUCGAAUUAGUCGCAUCUAACUCGGUGGUAGUUUCAAAUAUCACAUUCCUGAAUACCCCUGCAUAUGGCAUCCACCCAGUUUAUUGCAGCAAUGUACAUAUUCACAAUAUUUCAAUAUCAGCUCCUUCAGAAUCCCCUUUCACUGUUGGCAUAGUACCAGAUUCUUCUGAUAAUGUUUGUAUAGAAGAUUGUACAAUUAGCAUGGGGUUUGAUGCAAUCGCACUCAAAAGUGGCUGGGAUGAGUAUGGCAUUGCCUAUGGCAGGCCUACAAAAAAUGUGCACAUCAGAAGGGUGCAUCUCCAAUCUUCUUCCGGCUCUACUCUUGCGUUUGGCAGCGACAUGUCCGGCGGCAUUUCGAAUGUCCUAGUGGAGCAUGUUCAUCUCUACAACUCAAAAACCGGCAUUGUGUUCAGAACCACCAGGGGAAGAGGUGGUUACAUGAAGGAGAUAGUUAUAUCAGACAUAGAAAUGGAGAACAUAUACCGAGCAAUCGCGGCCACAGGCCACUGUGGAUCUCAUCCUGAUGACAAGUUUGAUCCUAAUGCUCUCCCACACUUGGAUCAAAUUAUAUUGAAGAACAUGACUGGGACAAACAUCACUAUUGCUGGAACCUUUUCUGGACUAGAAGAAUCUCCUUUUACUAACAUAUGCCUUUCAAAUCUAAACUUCUCUCUCAAUUCUAUGUCUCCCUUUACAUGGGAAUGCUCAAAUGUCUCUGGAUUCUCUGAAUCUGUUGUCCCAAAACCUUGUCUUGAUCUUGAGACCCCUUCAGUUUCUUACACAGCAUGUUCCUCCAUGCUAAGCAAUAGAGCAAAGGCAACAACACAAGCUUCAUAUUCUUCUGCUUGAUGUCCAUGAAAAAAAAAAACGAAAGAGUGCCAAGACACAUUCUUUCCAAUAAGACGGUGGGGUUAUUUGGUUCUUUCUUUUUCUUCUAUUUUUUAUCCUUAAAUCUUCUCAAUAAGACAACAUCUGAGAGAAAAAAAAAUGAAACAACCAACAUAUUAU